GAUAUAUACAUACAUACACAUUAUAUAUAUUUAUGCAUUAGGCCUCUCUGCUAAGCAUGAUAAAGAAUACCAACCUAUACACACCUAACAUUUGCUUGUUUGGUGAGUAUGCCUAACCAACAGGUCUUUGCUCGUUUUGGCUGCCCAAGUGGACAAUUAUGGCUGAUCCAGUCAUAUUUUCCAAAGAGCACUAAAAUCUAAAAUGGGGCCCUUUGGCUGACCUGUCCAUAGAGAACUGCAGUCCUCGCUAAACUGUAUGUUACAACAUUUUCAGAUCAACUUAUAUUUGACCAAGCCGCAGUCUGAUGUUCUUUGGGGAGGCUGUCAUUUUAGCCUUUAGUAAGUGGGUAGAAAGUGUACUCAGCACAAGCCUUAUUCAUUGCAUGUUUUAGUGCAUCAUAGUAAAAUAGGUACAUGCAUCAAAAUAUUCGGAAAAUGUUGCAGGUUAUUUGGCUCCUUCUAAAAUUGACCAUAGUGCAUAUGAAUGUGAUAGGGACCUUAGUCUUUAAGCUCCCCCGGGACAAGGACUGCGCUCUGCCUUCAAGACCACAUGUAUCAACCCCUGAACUACAGAGCCACACUCUCUGCUAGCAUCAAACUAAAAAGUACGUUGAGGGGAGCACAAGAAAAAACGCAAUAAUGCUGCAAAAAGUUCUUUUAUUGCCAUGCCAUCCAUCAGUUCAUGAUGGGGAAACUUAGUUGAGGGAGAGUUAAAAGACUGUGGGCAUAAGCCAGUUCAGAUAGUGAAUGUGGAUACAGAGAAUAAGAAUCACUAGCAAAGAACAUAUUUAUUGAAUCACACUAUAGCUUUAUGAGAACUGUACCUUUCAGUGGUGAGUUAUAUUCUAUGGUAUCUCUUUAUGAAUACAGAGAUAGCUCUUAGCUCUAAGGUAGCAGAAUUUAUAAAUGCAUUUAUAUUUAUUUACAACGGGUUUAUACACCCAGAAAUAAAAUUAACAAGUCAACAGCAGGACACUGACUAGCUGCAGCUUGCAUUUGUAACCAUCAUGUCAUCAAGUGGUGUUUCCAUGUUAUUUAAAGAGCAUUCAGUCCGAAAUUCAAGUGAAUUUUGUUUCAUGUAAUAUGACUUUAGUUUUGGACAACUGAACUUGACAAUUUUUGUUCACAUUUGAAGUCAGCCAUAAUCAAUAUCAUAUGACUGGGGUAAGGAAACAUUAUUUCUAUGAAUCUGUAGAUGUGUUAGCUACAAUUUUAUACAGAACUUUAUACAUAUUUAUCAGGAAACAUAAAUGGCAUUGCACAGCAGAAAUAUAGCCAAGAAAGGGCUUAGCUGAUUAUAAGUAAAAGGAAGUGUAGCUGCAGUAGAGACAGUAACAUUAUGGUAGAAAUACAAGAGAUAAAGAAGAAUUGUAAGUUCCUGGAAAUCUUAAAAUAUUAAGCACAAUUAUAUAAUAAUAUGAGAUUUAAUUAAGCUAGUCAUAAAAAAAAGCCUAUUUCAUGGGUAUAAUAAUAUUUUUACCUUGUCAACAAUCAGCAGUCUAGCCAUAUUUCAUGGCAAAGCUUUAGCACUGACAGCAACAGUCAGUCAUGUGCAGAUCAACGCUUGUUGUUGCUAAUGCUUUGUUAAUUUCCUAUUCUGAUCGAUAGCAUGCAAAACUGUAUAAUAAUUUUCAGAAUUAAAUUAUUGUAUUUAUGAAUAAGUUGCUAAAUUAAUUGUGUGCAGGCUGCAGAAUGCAAAUGCCAGUCACGGCAGCACUUUCUAUUCAGUGAUAUCAUCAUAAAGUGCUGACAUUAGGAAACCUGUAUCAUCCCUGCUUUGUUUGAUGCACACAGACUAGCAAGAUAUUUUUGCUUACCAGCUAACCCUGACAACCCUGGUUCUACUACCUCAGACUACACAUUGCACACCUUAUAUAUAUUGUGUUGAUGCCUUAUGUCACAGGAUCCUAUUCUAUACAAAGGACAUAAAUCAAGGCACCUUAUACACCAAUACUCAACACAAACCUAGAGAAGUGACCGUAGUUUUUUCUUAAAUUUAACUUUUUUAAUAUAGUUUAUGACUGCAAUGUAUCAUUUAAGUAAAGAACUGUGAAAACAUUAAGCAAGAACAACACAAGAAUGAAGUUGUAAUUAGUUAGCCAUACUAUUGCAGGCACAAUAAUACACUUUCAGCUGCUGAACUAGAAGAUUAUUACUUUGUGUUCUCCUGCUGGUAACACCUCCAUGUUUAGUGAACAAUGCAUAUCCAUAGCCACAGAGAAUACAUAGGCCAGCCACAGUCUGAGAGACAUGGUGCUACAGAGUGGAUCACCAUGCUGGUAUUGCAUUCUUAUGGCUGUUGAUUUUAAGUGUGUGUGGGCUAUAUCUUAAGGUUUUACUAGUUAACUAUUAAAAAAUGUCGGAUUGGCAGAAAAGAAAUACAAAAAAUGAGAAAAUAACUAAAUUCCAGUUUGUCUUAGAAUAACAAUCUUUUGUUUUCAGACAAAUGGAUGUCAGAUUUUUUUUCUUUAGAGACCAAUUCCAAUGUCUGUAAGACAAAAAUGUUAAUACUACGCACUACUAUUUUUUGGGGGGCCCCAGGCAGGGUAGUAGGGAGGGUCUUUCGUUUUCUAUAUGUGUACUUCUUCUGUCUAGCCUUUUAUCUCCACUGUCUUUACUUACAGCAACACUGAGGAGGGAAGCAGUUUAAAGCACAAUAUGAAGAUUUCUGCACUCAGAAGUAGGGUACAAAUACUUCUGCACUCAGAAGUAGGGUACAAAUGCUGUACAUAAUGUUUUGGCCAUCUUUAUCAGCCGCCCAAGGCAACCACAGCCCUUAAGCAUUGAAGAUCUGUGCCUCUGAAGGCGCCCUUAGUAGCUUUUGAUCUUCUUUGACCUUAGAGACCAACUCACAAUAUACUGUGUAUUUAGAACAUAAAAGUCAAAAUAAAAGGCUGAUUAGUAAUCAAUUCAGAUUCACCCCCUGUAGCCCCUGUAGCAUCAUCUUCUUCGUCCUUGCGCAAGUUAUGAGACUGUCAUCUUGCUGUAAUCCUGCCUGCCUACAUACCCUUUCAUGAUUUUUCAGGCUUCAGCCUGCUGUAGGCAAUGUUCCCUCUCCAACCUGUGCACAAACCACAUGUGGUAUAUACAGAGAUCACAAAGCAUUAUGUCAUGACAAAUAAGACUAGUCCUUCCUUGUGCCAAGCCACCACAUUGAGAAAAAACUUUUUUGUUUUUUUUUUUACUAAAUACUUAAUUCACGCACAGCUAACAAACAUUAGUGGGAAUUUGGGCUUUGUGGAUGUGGUUACUAUGUUUUCUUUGUUGCAGUAUGUAGUUUAAUCUUAUGUUUUCCUUUUGCUGUUGCAUAAAAAGGGGACAUAUCUGUUUGUAUAAACUGUUUGCACAUCAGAGUAUAACUGAAUCUGUGAAGGGAAAAGUCUAGAUAUGAAAAGGAAGGCAAGUGGCGUAAAGCACUUUUGCCCAUUAUCCUGCAACAUCCUACAUUACAGCUCCAAUGGAGGGUGCAGGGAAGAAUUUCACAAAACCCUUCACAUAAUUUAUAAUCAUCAUUUAAAGCAGCCGCCGCUGUCAGUACUGCAGCUCAGUGUUCCAGCUGGCAGCUCUGCAUAAUGGAAAAGUAGCCAUUCAUUUCAUUGUUGAUACAGUAUAAUGAAUUGCUUAUCCUCCGAAACAAAUUGGUUCAUUUUUUUUUUCAUGCAAAGUUUUCGUGCCAGUUCUGACACAAGUCAAAAAGACUUUCAGUUAAUUCAUUUAUAUAUUCAGAUAAUACUUUUGCCUAGUAGAAGAAACAGUGAAAAAGCACAGAAAUCAUAUUCUACAGUCAUAGAGAAAUCUCCAAUACAGUCAAUUGUUUUUCAGAUGGCAAGCUUCCUUAGUUAAACCUGGCCUUUCAAGUGUAAAAAUGAGAGCUUGGCACUCAUUUGUUAAACAGUAUCUCAUUUAUAGGGAAAUUAGUCCUACUGCACAGGCUAGUAUUGUAGAAGUGUGCUGUUUAUACACUGCUAUUACCCUUGCUAAUUUUCUGGGAACAUUUCAGAGAAUGUGUAGCAUGUCUGACAGCAUGUGUAUUUGAGUGUGUUUAUAUGUAACAUGAUAACGAAGGAUUCUGCAGCGCUCUUCACCAUGGUUACUGUUUCUAUGGGUCCAGCCUCUCUUCUCCUCUUGCUGCCAUGGUGACUGUAUCCAUGGCACAGAUGUUACUAGGGAGGGAAGGAAGACUGUGCAAUGAACAGAUUUAUACAGAGUGUUCAACGCAUUUUUGCAUUGUGGGUUUUACCUAUUUGCGGGAGAUGAUAGGGCAUACAUAUAUCCAUUUUAGACAGAUUCAGUAAAUAAAACCCAGUACCUUUUUAUACAUAACACUGCUUAAUAGCAGACAGGUAUUUUUUUACACCUAAUGAUGAAAUAUCAAUUAAGCUUCCUGGGCACUAACAAGUUAACUGUAUUGUGCUUCUGUACACCACACCUCAGACCCACCCCCAUGCAAAUUUGUUCUCCCAGUGCUCCAUCACUUACUAUGCUCCACCCCUCUGCAAUCCUUUUCACAGCACAAGCACCCCCCCCCUCUAUUUGCACAGAAGCACCCCCCCCCGACGUAUCCCUAUCACACCUACAUACCAUCCAACUCCCUCUCCAGGUAUAUCCACACCCCUUGCUUUUCUUUAUCCUUAUACCCACCCUGCGCCACCGCUCCUCUCAACACCUCCCUAAAAGAAUACAUUUUUUAUCUACAUACUUAAAUGGUAACCAAGCACUUCUGUCAAAUACACUAAUUUCUCUUUGAUAGAACCCUAUACUCUAUACUCUCAUCACUGUUUCCUUUCCUGUUCCCUGUUAAAACCAUUCACUGUUGGUUUGUACACCCCUGUUAAAGCCACCACCCCAAUAUUCCUUGUUUUCCAGCCCUUCAACCUUAAUAUAAAUGCAGCCUUUCCAAACCACCCCUCCAGCCCUCUGCUCCCUUAAAACAUUUAACAACCCUCAAUCCCUAUUCUAGCCUGCCAGUACCAUCACUCCUAUCCUUUGCAAGCCUCCACCCCCUUCAGCUAUUGCAGCCUGCAUCUAUAUCAACUGUUAGGUGAGUACGAGUUAUGGGAGCAGAUUCUGAUGUUGUCGUGUCUUUCCCUACAUGUGUUUCAAUGCUAUUUGAGAAUUUGAGAUACUCCAGGACAAAUAUCCAGUGAACCAGGGAAAAAGCAUAUCAGAAAGUCUGGAAUAGUGAGUUUCAGAGAAUGUCUGGAAGGCAGAUCCAAGGCACCUCAUGAUAGAUGGCUUAGAAAAGGGAUACCUGCAGUUACAGCUUGGAACAGACUGAUUUAAACAGCCAAUUUUAAAGAAAAAAAAACUGUAAAACUUUCAAUGUAAUUUUGGGAUGAAACAAGAUAAAUUGCAGGGAAGCCUAUAAAAUAUCAGUGCUGGGGCUCCUAAGUAAAAGAUACAUUUGAAUCUACAAAUAUUGGCAUUGCUAUGACCUGUGUCCUAUGAAUUUCAGUAUAUUUUCUACAUUGUGUCAGUCAUGAAAGUGUGAACUUCAGGAACAGAAUGAAAGAUGCUUGAUGUACAGGGCAGGUAAUUGGGGAAAAUCCUGGUGGACUAUCCAAUAGAUGUAAGACCGGCUCAUGCAUGUUCAGCGGAGGAACAUUUGGGUUUUCAGAUGGCGGUUGUUAUAUGGGGGACUGGCAGGAUGGUCGGGCACAUGGUUAUGGAGUGUGCAAAGGUCCCACAAGACAGGGGGAAUACAGUGGCCUCUGGAGUAAUGGCUUUGAGUCUCUGGGAGUUUACACCUGGCCAAGUGGAAACACAUAUCGUGGAUACUGGGACCAAGGCAAGAGGAACGGGCUUGGAGAAGAGCAUAAAGGCCGCUGGCUUUACAGGGGCGAAUGGACACAUGGUCUGAAAGGGAGACUUGGCGUGAGAGAGAGUCUGUCUGGAGCAAAAUAUGAGGGACUAUGGACAGAUGGACAGCAGGAUGGAUAUGGGGUGGAAACUUACUCAGAUGGAGGUACAUAUCAAGGACAGUGGCAGUCCGGUAAGCGCCAUGGUUACGGAGUGCGUCAAAGUGUUCCCUAUCAUCAGGCUGCUCUUCUACGUUCCCCUCGUACUCCAACACUCAGUUCUUUGCCACACUCUCCUGAUACCCACAGCCCCACUGUUCCAAGUCUUCUUCCAGGAAGCCCAGCCUCUGGAUCCAGAGGGGGAUUUGUCUUAAAAGUCAGAGGGGUAGGUCCAGAAUCCCAUGGACCUGGCAGUGGUGGGAAGCCCAAAAAAAGAAGCUUCUUCUUUUCCCGCUCUCUUAUUCUUAGUGGGUUUCGAUUACAUCGUGGGUCUGACAAUAAGACUCCCUCAAGUGGUCGAGACAGCCAGCGUAGUUCCCUGCGAAGUGAAACAAGGGGAGCUGGGGGUUCUUUGGGCUCUAGUGCCAGUCAAGAUGGUUCCAGUGCAAGUGUGGCAGACACAGAUUCAGAGUUGCCAAUAGCUGCUUGGGAGACUGAAAUAUAUGCAGGGGAGUGGAGAAGUGACCGACGCACUGGGUAUGGUGUCAGCCGCAGGUCUAAUGGACUCUGCUAUGAGGGAGAAUGGCUAAGGAAUCGACGACAUGGUUAUGGUAGGACAACUUUUCCUGAUGGCUCACGAGAAGAGGGCAAGUAUAAAAUGAAUAUACUAACCAGUGGCAAAGUUAAAAGUCUGUUCCCACUACGAAGGGGCAAAGGUCGAGAGAAGGUGGAGAGAGCAGUAGAAGCUGCAAGAAGAGCAGAGGGCACUGCUAGACAGAAACAGGAAAUGGCAGUGGCCAGUGCUGCAGAUGCCCGCCUUCAAGCUGAUGCAGCGUCUGUAGCUGCUCAACAGGCUCUGGAAGCUUCUCGAGCUGCACAGAUUUUGUCCCAAGACCUAGAAGAAUUGCUGGAGACACCAAGUUCCCUGUGUGUGCAGGAUGGGGAGGAGAACAUAGCUGAGGAAAGUAUACCAUGGCUUAGGCAGUGUCCAGAGCUGAGUCAUGAUGGAACCCCUUUAUCUGAUGGAACCCCUGAGCCCAGCUUGCCUCCCAGUCAUCCUGAUACUCCUCCUGGUUUCAACUGCACCCAACACCGGGAGGCAACUCCAUGCCCGCCAAUCCAGGAAGAGGAGGAUAACUCCACUGAGGUGGAAACCCCUGCACACCUUCCUGAGCACUCACAAGAACAAAUGCUGCCUGAAUUUAACCCUCCCAUGGGGCUGAACAACCCCAUAUCCAGCAUUGACUCUGUGGGAGAAGUUGAUUUGGGGGAGAUCGUUAAGCCUCCCCAACAAAUACGUAUGCAAACGGAUGCUGACCCUCUUGUGGUGGCUAUCGUGCUGUUCCUUGAUGUCUCGCUCGCAUUCCUCAUCUCGUAUUUUCUGACAUGAUGAGAUGAAGGAGUGUCCCUUUUCUGACACUCACUCACGCACUCUGUCUCUCCUUCUCUACCUCUCUUCCCUGAUGUUUACAUAUAAAGGGCUUUAUCACUUUCUAUCAUGCUCUCUAUCAAAUUCUCUCUUGCUCUCUCUGUCUGUUGUGAUCUGAGAAGCAGUCUCCUUAAUGUAGUACAAAGUCAAUAUGGACUAUGACUGUUCAACAUUCUCCUUCCUUUUAUCUCUGUCUCUCUGUUUUUUGUUAUACCAUCCUCCUCUAUUGUAGCCUUUCUUUACUUAAUGUUUCACUAUGUUCUCCUCUUCCUCUCUCUUUAUCUUAUCUUCUUUCAAGGAAUGUAAUGAUCCUGUUUAGUAUAUCUGCAAGAUUUUGCCUUUGCAGAGUAAAAAAGCCUCCUACCCAGCAUUCCUUUUCCUUCCUUUGCUCCCACUCUUGCCUUACGCUCUUUCAUAUAUUGCCUUCUACCAUGCUUUGAUGCAUCACUUAGUCCCACUCUGCUAAUCCCUAUAAUAUCCUGUGCCAUCUCACACAACUCCCACAUUCAAUUUUCCUGCACAGUACCCUCCCAUAUCCUUUCCCAGCACUGCCCCGGUUAUGCAUUGUGCCUGCCCUUUUCUACAGAUACACAGUUUAUUUCUUGCUAUGAUGCCUGAAUUCUCCUGCCCGUUCCCUCCUACCAACUGCAUUGUGCACCCUUUUACCUCAAGCUUGAAUUCCCUGUCAGAGCAUGCACUUCAUUCCUAUUUUUGUAGCAGUAUUUUGCCUUCUUAUGAACCUGGAAAUGCAAAAAAAAAAAAUAAAUUAAAAAAAUAAAAAAAAGAAAUAAAAAAAAAAAAGAAAAGAAAAAGCUGAAAUAAUAAAAUGCAUAA